CGCCAACAAGCGACAAGUGGGAGAAAAUGCGUCUUCUAAAUUCGAUUGUUAGCCACUACCGAAUGAAUAUUAAAGUUAUAGGUUGUAGUAACAGUGCAUCAUCUGUUCAAAUAGUCAAUUUGUAAAAAAAGAAAUCUGGAUUCCAUCAUGAGCUGACUUUAGUUAGAAGAAAGAAAGGAAUCUGUCAUGAUAGUCUAGAAAUAUCGAAACAAUGGAAUUCAUAUUGCCACACUAAUUACCAGUGAGAAAGACCUGAGUUACAUUGACGUAUUGAUUAAGUCUAUGAUGUACUAUCAGAAACGUUUCCAUUGUCAACAGAAAAGAUGCUGUCUGGUUGAUUUAUGCCAACGAAUAACGAAUAAAAACACCGAGUGUUUGGAUAAAAAGCUGACUAACGGUGCAAUCACCUUUCAUCUUCUUAUCGAUAAAAGUUCACGAGCGAAAUUACAAACAAUUGUGAAAAAUUGGCAUCUGAAUAAAGUGAAUUUCGAGUUCUAUGAUUAUAAACCUUAUUUGAGUAAACUUAACUGGAUUUUAUCACAUCCUCCUGCAGAUAUUAAAUCCUGCACAAAGUUGUUACUACCGGAGAUUUUACCAAGCUACGUUAGACAGGUUAUUUCUCUUGAUGUCGACCUAAUGUUGAACGCAGAUAUCAAUGAAUUAUGGAACCGUUUCAGGUACUUCAGAGGUUCUCAAAUGAUUGGUUUGGCAAUAGAACAGAAUCCUUAUUUUGAGAGUGUAAUGAACAGUUUAGUUAAAAACUGGAAAGGAUAUGGAUACAAUACUGGUGUUAUUUUACUGAACUUGGCUAAACUGCGUUCUGUACCAUGGAAUCAUUUAUGGAUGAGUGCUACAAAAUUUAUUAUGAGAAAUAUGGGCUAUUUAAAAAAUGCAGAACAAGAUAUCAUCAAUUUAAUUGCAUCAAGAAAUAUCGAAUUGUUUUAUGAAAUCCCCUGCGAGUGGAACAUUCAAUUAAGCCGAGGUGUUGAGAUAAGAAGGUGUCCAGUUACCUGGAUUACAAAAAAUAAACAAGUGAAUGAUGAAGAAUUAUUUUACAGGAAUCAGCCUAAAAUUAUUCACAUGAAUCAUCAAAUAAAGCCAGAGGAUAUUGACUUGAAAAAUAUACUGAACAUCGAUUUAAACACCUCAGAUACGAUUUAUAAUGCUGAUCUACUUUACAAGAAAUACCUCAAAGAAUAUUUUAAAUAUCGACAUGUCAGUCGACAAUGUUUUUAUUAAACAAGAAAGAUUUAUUCAAUCACCAUCACCUUCAAAGCUAAUUCUUUUGCAUAUGUUUUGUACAUUUAUGAAACUUGAAUACUUACUCUCUUACAUAACCAGUAACCAGUUAAACUAAUUCCUUAUCAGCAGCACAUAGUGAAAAAAAUUGAAUAUAAA